CUUUACAAGUUGUGUUUAUAUUUUAGUUUUAGUGUAUUUAUAAAGCUCUUUUACAAAAUCUGCCGCUGACCUAACAUCAAUUAUUAACCUUUAGACAUACGAGUUACCAUACCCAGUCGCAGGGAUGGCCAACUCUAGAAAUCCCUUCAGUCUCCUCAGAGUUAGGUAAAUCAGCUUUUAGUUUCUUUGCACCCAUAUAUGGAACAAUCUACAGAGUUUCCGACAACUGGAUGUAUUGGUGCCUUUCUGGUAGGUUAAAAUGAUGAAUGGGGACCUCUGCUGAGGAAUUGAUCGUUUUGAAUUUUGUGUAUUUGUAUUAUUUUGUAAAUUGUGUGCAUGCAGGGCUCCCUUGCGACAGGGAUCCCUCAAUGGGACUGACAAAGGUAAAUAAUAAUCAAACAAAGGUAAAUCAUCACAAAUGUAGCCUUCACUUAGUUUUUGUCUUUGGCACACCGUAGCAAAACCUUGUGCAACGAAAAACAGCCGUUUGAACAAUUUUAGAUUUCGGUCCCUCAAUUUCAGUCCACCUCCGCCACAUUUUGAGCCUAUUGUGUUUUCUAGGAUGCUGUGAUUAACCUGAAGUCUGUCCAGGAGAUGUCCAGGGAGCUGGGGUUUGAGUGGACUGUUCUGGCCUACGAGCUGGGCUUCUCCAGGACUGAGGUUCAUCAGUUCCAUACCACAUCCACAGAGAAGACGGUCCAGGCCAGAAGCAUGCUAGAGUGCUGGUAUGAGAGAUCUUGGGACAAGUCCAACAAGACCAAGUUGCUGCAGAACGGUUUGGAGCGUGCCGGGCGCCGCGACCUGGCUGAGAGGCUGCGUUGCCUCCACUGGGGCCACCAGAAAUUGAGCCGCAGAGUGGAGCUGCCCUCCGCCUUCCCCUUCCUCAUCACUGUCCACAGGACCAUCGAGAACCGUGACGGCCUCCGCCGGAUCAAUGACCUCAGCCGCAGAUUCACCUGAGGCAUGAGAAAAAUAUGCCUUGAUACACCUGAAAACACAUGGACAUACAGAUAUACACAUUCUCUAAGCACAUGCAAACACACACAGGUAGACAUCUAUUGAUCUAUCACUGAUGAGAUGGAUGUCUGUACAGCCACUUCAAAUAACUGAUUGGAUUCACAUUCAAAACAGUCUUUGAAAAAUGUAGACAAAUAAACAGAUUUUAGAUAAUGGA